CUCCUAGGUUUUACUUGGGACAACUUUGGAUAUUUUUCACAAACGUUUUAAUUUCUUUCUUUCUGAGAAUAAGAAUAGUUAUUGGCCAUGGCAGAGAGGAAACUUCUCCCAAGAGAUAGUGACGAUGAAGGGUCGUUGCUGUCUAGACUGGGGACAGACAGCCCGAAACCCAGGGUCAAAUUCGGCGGCAUGUUCUGCAACGUGGAAGGCGCUUAUGAGAAUAAAACGUUAAAUUUUGAGUCGUACAACAGCAGCCCCCAGUCUGUGAGACGGCACGUUAAGAUUAAGAACGAGGAGAAAUGCUGGUCAGAUACUUUCAGUGACACCGGGAGUGUGAGUAACUUCUCGUCGGUCAGUGAGACCAGACCAAGUGGAGACAGAGCAGUUGGGACCGAAACCGGCUCCUCCCGGGGUCAAAUCGUUUACCAGACUGGACCUGGACAAAACUGUGAGCACAAUGGAAAACGGGAGACUGAUCGCCUCAUUAUCAAAGGAGGAAAGAUCGUUAAUGACGACCAGUCGUUCUACGCAGACAUCUAUGUGGAGGAUGGCACCAUCAAGCAGAUCGGUGAGAACCUUUUAGUUCCAGGAGGGGUGAAGACAGUUGAUGCCUACGGACACAUCGUGAUCCCCGGUGGCAUCGAUGUGAACACCAGCCUCCAGACCUCCCAGCUGGGAAUGAGCCCUUCAGAUGACUUCUACCACGGGACCAAGGCUGCCCUGGCAGGGGGCACCACCAUGAUCAUUGACCAUGUGGUCCCCGAGCCUGGUGCCAGCCUCCUGGGGGCCUACGACCAGUGGAAGGACAUAGCAGACAGGGGGUCCUGCUGUGAUUACUCCCUCCACAUGGACAUCACCCGCUGGCACGACGGACUCUUUGAAGAGAUGGAGAGUCUGGUGAAGAAUAAAGGAGUCAAUUCCUUCUUGAUCUUCAUGGCUUACAAGGACAAAUUCCAGAGCUCAGAUAGUCAGAUGUAUGAGAUGUUUGGUAUCAUUAGAGACCUGGGGGCCAUCGCUCAGGUUCACGCUGAGAACGGGGACAUCAUUGACGAGGAGCAGAAGCGACUACUGGAGCUGGGGAUCACUGGGCCUGAGGGACAUGUGCUGUGUCACCCAGAGGAGGUGGAGACAGAGGCAGUGUACCGGGCCAUCACCAUCGCCAAGCAGGCCAACUGUCCUCUCUACAUCACCAAGGUGAUGAGCAAGUCGGCUGCUGAUGUCAUCGCCAAGGCCAGAAAGAAGGGCAUGGUGGUUUAUGGCGAGCCAAUCACAGCCAGCCUUGGGACAGACGGAUCACACUAUUGGAGUAAGAACUGGGCUAAGGCAGCAGCGUUCGUCAUGUCCCCGCCCCUCAGCCCAGACCCCAGCACCCCCGACUACCUCAACUCCCUGCUUUCCUGUGGAGACCUUCAGGUGACGGCCAGUGGCCACAGUACCUUCUCGACGGCCCAGAAGGCUGUUGGGAAAGACAACUUCACCCUCAUCCCUGAGGGAACUAACGGCAUCGAGGAGAGGCUAGCCAUCGUCUGGGAGAAGGCUGUGGCGACAGGCAAAAUGGAUGAGAAUGAGUUUGUUGCGGUGACGAGCACCAACGCUGCCAAGCUGUUCAACCUGUAUCCUCGUAAAGGAAGGAUCGCUGUGGGGUCAGACGCAGACAUCGUGAUCUGGAACCCCAAGGAGACCAAGACCAUCUCAGCCGCGACCCACGCACUGACAGUGGAGAUUAACAUCUUUGAGGGCAUGGAGGUCCGGGGAGCCCCGGUGGUGGUGAUCAGCCAGGGGAAGAUCGUCCUGGAGGGGGGAAAGCUGAACGUCACAGAGGGCUCUGGACGCUUCGUACCCAGGAAGGCUUAUCCUGACUUCAUCUACAAGAGGAUCAAAGCACGCAGCAAGAUGGCUGAUGCCCGUGGCGUCCCCCGAGGGAACUAUGAUGGACCGGUCCAUGAUGUCAUCAGCAUGACUAAGUCAGUGCCGGCCACUCCCUCCAGCAGGGGGCCCCAGUGCCCAGGGAAAGGCCCCCUCGGCCCCACCAGGAACCUGCACCAGUCUGGUUUCACCCUAUCCGGUAUGGGAACUCAGAUUGACGACCACAUCCCACGACGCUCAGCACAGAGGAUCGUGGCGCCACCCGGUGGCCGCUCCAAUAUCACCUCCCUGUCGUGAACCUGGGAGCUCCUUGCUCCUCACGUCUGCUGUAGGGAGAAAAAUAAAUCAACUACUGUAGCAAUUACCAACUACAUCAAUCAAAACAAAUCUCACCCGGCUUCCAGAACUAAACUCAACAGUGAAACCUGAACAUGCAAUCCUCUUCUCAGAUACAACUGUAAAACAGUAUACAGAUUAGAACUACAUUUACCACUAGUAGUUACCAACAGUAUACAGCAUAGAACUACAAUUACCACUAGUAGUUACCAGUCAUUCUAUUUCUAUGGUAGACACACCAACUGGUAAAACCCACUAACUUAGUACUUUGAUCUGUCAUCCUUUAUCAAUAUUGUGAUCAAUUCCUCAAUCAAUUUAUCUCAUCACCCAUCAAUAGUCAACUGUCCCUGUUAGAUCUCCAUAGCAUGCAGUUUAAACAGUCUCUGUCUCCUCAGUCAGAUAACCGUCUCUCUCAUCGUCUCCUCAGCUUCACUAUAGCUUUACUAACAUGGUGAUACAUGAGUCCUAGAUGAAAGUAGUUUUCUUUAGACCACAGAAUGCCUCUCAGCUCUCUCUCUCUCUCGUCGUAGUGAUGCCUGCUUCUGCUUUCGCUUCAAUGCUUCUAAGAAACUCUGUAGUUGAGUCCAACAUGGAACUCUAUUCCCUAGAUAGUGCACUAGAGGACAAAAGUAGUGCGCUAUCUAGGGAAUAGAGGGCCAUUUCAGACUGACGCGAACUUGUUGUCUCUCUCUGUUGUUAUUUAGUCAUGGCUGUAGGCUAUUUAGGCUUCAUCUUACCGUCUCUUACUGUUAUAGGCAUGACUUUUCCUCUUCAUCGUUACUCAUUACAAAUACAACAAGGAAAAUAAGUGCGUGUUACUGUUACUGUGAACAGACUGUAGGGACAGUCCUCUAGUCACGCUUGUCUUACUAUUAUUAUGAUGUUUUAUCCCAAUGCAGGUGAGCUAACUUUGCUUCCAUGGUAUAUUCAGUCAGUCAGAAUAGGAACUUCGCCAAUCCUUCUAUUCAGUCAGUCAGAAUAGGAACUUCGCCAAUCCUUCUAUUCAGUCAGUCAGAAUAGGAACUUCGCCAAUCCUUCUAUUCAGUCAGUCAGAAUAGGAACUUCACCAAUCCUUCUAUUCAGUCAGUCAGAAUAAGAACUUCACCAAUCCUUCUAUUCAGUCAGUCAGAAUAAGAACUUCACCAAUCCUUCUAUUCAGUCAGUCAGAGUAAGAACUUCACCAAUCCUUCUAUUCAGUCAGUCAGAAUAACAACUUCACCAAUCCUUCUAUUCAGUCAGUCAGAAUAAGAACUUCACCAAUCCUUCUAUUCAGUCAGUCAGAAUAAGAACUUCUUCAAUCCUUCAUGUCUAUAUAGGAGGUACAGGGAAGCCCAUAUCAUCUGUAUAUCUGUGUUUUUGUCUUUAUAGCACAGCCAUGUUCCACUGUCAUCGUGUGACUUUUAUAUUUUUUGUAUAUAAAGACCAAACAUCCUGGUGCUUUGAAACCCUAGCCUGGUUCAGCCAUACUGAAUACUCCACUGACUUGGUGAAACAGAGCAUAGCAGUCAGGAUUCCAGGCUAUCGAACACCCACGUUGUAACCAGGGAUACACAGGGAUACGUGGAGCUGUCAACAAUAAAACAGUGGUUUUAAAAGUCUUUCGUUUAAAAAAAAAAACCUGACUCUUAUUUGUAAUGAUUUUAUUUAAUUUUCUACCAUUUCCUUUCUCUCUUUUUGUAGACUUCACGUUUGUACUUUUACAUGGUCCGGUUGAGAAAGUGAACUUUAUUUUGUUUGUUUGUUGCCUAAAUAGACAUCAACAACAUUAACGUUGUUCUUGUUCAACAGUGUUGUAACUCGGUCAGUCUUUGGAAAGGUUGUUUGCAUUCGUUAAGUGGUCAUGUAAAAAAGGGCAAAUGAAGUGGUCCAUUUUUAGUCUUUUUCUACUGUUUCUGUGUCCAAUGGAAAUAGGAUUUGUGUCCCGAAAGCUAAUGUAAGCAUGUCCUGAAUAAAGUUUGAGGGGGGAAAAGUGUAA